AAGAAGAAGCUCCCUUCGCCGCUCCCACAGCGGAGUGUCCCCCUGGAGACGGGGCGGGGUUACGCGCCUACGUCACCAAAGAGAGCCGUAGGUAAAGGAGACAAACGUCAAAACACACACAACAAGGUCGCUUUCCCCGUAUCUUAACCCGGUCUGUGGUUUCUAAGCACUGCGCAUGUCCGUUUCUUGUCACUCCCCGUUUCCCACUAUGCCAUUGGCCGCCAUGAUAGCGGCGCCGAGGGACGUUAAAAAAAAAACUACAGCUCCCAUCAUGCAUCACUUUGACAGCUCGCCUUUUCCACGGUGCAGGAAAUAAAAGCAAGCAGAGGCGCCUAUGGCGAUACGGACGAUCCAAAGAGCACGCUGGGGAUUGUAGUUUCUGGCUCGAUUGCGGAGGCGACUUGCAUUGCGAGGAGCACAGCUGGGAGAAGGAAGCGGGCCAAAGCCGGGGAGAGAACCUCUUGUUCGCGGCCGGAGGAAGUUUGGCCUCGGCUGAUUCCGUAAAGGAGGAAGAGGCCCGGGAGCGGCUGCGGCGAUGGAUGUUACCCAGCCCAAGCAGGAGCAUCUCUUGGCCCUGAAAGGUACUCGCUCUCGCUUCCUCCGCUCCUUCGGAUUUGGCCUGGGGCUUAGCAGCUGAAAAGCAAAUCCUGCAAGGGACGAGGAGGAGAGAAUCCAGCCCCGCUUCCUUUCUGCGGCGGCUCCCUUGGCCGCUGUUUUUAGGAGACCAAGGCGGGUGGGUCUGAGGCAAUUAAACCUGAGAGGGAUCGGCAGGUUGGUGGCCCAAAGCUAAUUUGCAGGAGAAGUGGGGUAUCCUUUUCAAAAGGUCGGUUCCUUAUUCCACCUGCCAGGGCGUUGUUGAAUAAAGAGCUCUGAAAGUGAUCCUAGAUCCAGCCUCAUUGGUUCAAGCCGGAGUGUGCACUCAGGAGGGGGAAUCUCCCAACGUUUUCAGAUUUCUUUUGAAAGAGAAGGACAUCGUCGCUUCCCUAGGAAAUGGUGUAGGGUGUUGUUUUUUGUGCAGUUUUGUAUAAGCAAGAAGUGCAUCUCAAAAUCCAUUGCGAAAUCUUCAGUUGGUAGGCCUUCCUUGCGCUUGCCCAGCUAUGAAUCAAGAGGGACAAUGUUGGUGCAGAACAAGCUUUCAGAGAGGGGUGGUGUGUAAACAUUUCUAAAGCAAGCGGGGCUGCAAUAUUAUACAGCUGCUCCGGGAGUGAGCUUUGAAAAAGGGGGUGCCUGUUAUCUUCUCGUCAGCUCCCACAAAAUGGAACAUUUCCUUGAACUAAAAAAAAUCAAAAAAAUCUGUCAAGCCUUAGAUAUAAUCAGCUGCUAAAGAGGAAGUCCCUUAAUCCUUCCAAUAUAUAUCCUUUCUUUGUAACACAACACAAGCUACGGUAUUUAGGAAAAAACCAAACCCAUUUCUGCAACCUCAGAUGGAAGAACAAGUUCUCACCUGCUUCCUUGAAGUCUCAGUUGUGUGAGUUUACCACAUGGAAACAUUCUCCUGAGAAAAAAUGGCCACUAAGAGUACCAUAAAAGCUGUGAAGGAUGUGUGGAGAGUGCACUGAUUGGGACCAGUACCUAAGCAGUUGUUGAAAUUAGAACCCUUCCUAUCUCCUGUCCCAGUAUCCCCUCAAGUUCUUACAAAUAAUGAGUUGUUGAAAAAGGCAACUCUUUUUAAAUAAUUUCCUUAUGGCGAAGUGGAGUGUAUGAACAUUACAAAGCACAAUCCCAAUACACUUCUGUAGGCAGAAAUGCUUUAAAGACAUUUCAUGGCAAUAUAUAUUUCUGUAGUUGCCAGCAAGGAACACUAAAUAGAGAAAGUACAUAUACAUUGUGGGGUAAAUGCUCUAAAGAAUUGCAGAGCAUGCAAGAAAAAAGGGGGACCUUCAAAGUAAGGACCCAAAGAUGUAGAUUUGUGGAAGAAUGGUUGUCACUGGAGUAUCCUUCCUGCUUCUAAGGCUGAGAGAACUUUCCUCUGUGACAACACAAAUAGCAUAGACGGUACUUGGAACACUAUCCAGUCUAAAAUUGUGACCCCAUGUGCAUGCAUACACUUCUGACGUUACCGUGAACAUGAAUAAUUUCAGUCCUCCCAGCUUCUCUCCCUCUUUUUUCAAUUAUUAUCCUACUAUAGUAACAUUCCAACUCUGCUAUCCUUCCUUCUUCUUAGGAGUCAUAAGCAACAGCUACUACUACUGCAUGAAAGCUUCCUGCCUGUGACAAACAGUAUGUGAAGAAAUUGUCAUCAGGGCCACAGUGUGGAAGUAAAAGGGUUAACCCCCCCACGCACUGCAGCCCCUGUUCCUGAUUCUCCCCCUUCUGUGACUGCUAUUUAUUAGUUUAGCAAUAAAAAUAAACAAUCUGAAAAAGCAAACCAGUACAACAAUAAAUCUGAUUUAUAUCACAACACCAUGAGGAUGAGAAAACCUAUCCAGUCCAGCAAAAUGCUUGCUCAGAUAGGGAUGUCUACACGCUGCAUAAAACCGAUCAGCCUUGGCAUCAGCUGAGUCCGUGAGGGGAGGGCAUUCCACAAUUGGGAAGCCGCUUUAGAGUUGGAAGGAAACAGUUAUGCAAUGCCGAGAUAUAUGUUUAAGGCAACAUGUUUGGCACUCACAGAAGUUCAGAAAUUUGGUGCUGUAUCAUAGCUCCCUUACAGUAGGGCCAUCUCACUUGAUUAAUUUCUGUAUUGGAGAAACUUAUAUAGCAUUCUGGUUUGAAUUAGCAAACCCAGAUGUCUGACAGAAACAAAAAAACUAUAAGUCUGAGGGGGUGCUGUUGUGGUUUGGUUUUCCAACUGCAUACGUUUGCAGCCCAUUACACUUGCUACAGCCUUUUCUAGCGAUAACUGCGUCAACAUGAUGGUGAAUUUUAGUGGGAAAACUGCUAGCGUGUCUUAUUACUUGCAAUACUUCUGCUCUAGGUCCUGUUUUCUUCUGAACUGCACAGCACAUGGCAUGAAAAGAUUCUUUUAAGUGAUUAUAUCAUUAGUGAUGAAGCUGCUGUCCAAGAAACAUUUAAAAUAAGAACAUGUGGAUUCCUGUUGUACAAGCAUGGAGGUGAUUCUGCACUAUCGAGCAUGGCAAAGGGACCCUGCAGCAUUGCAAAGAAUCACGGAAGAGGCACUGAAAGAAUUUCCUGUUAGGAAGCUCCCAAGUUUCAUACCCUGGUUUCCAAAUGACUUGCGCCAACUUCCCCUCAAACCUAAAAGAAUCGCUCCAGUUAUUUCUGGUGAAGAAGUAGAGCAAAUAAAACAACAUAUUGCAGCCAUAGAAACUGCUUGCUGCUCCCCAUCUUAUGACUGUACUGCAGGGCUUAAGGAAUUCCAUCCUGAUGUAAAAGCUGGGAAGUGUUUGCAAGCUGAGCAUGAAAGAAACAAUUUUAGCAAUUUGGAAAAGCAAACAGCAAGCAGCAAGCAGAAGCUGAGAAGGUCUUGGAGUGUGUCUCUUCCCAACUCUAAGCUCAAAGACAAGAUUCUUCCUUUAUCUAGAGAACUGCAGAGCACUUUAGACAAAUUAAAGCUCCAUGCAUUCUAUAGAGCCCAGUGGAUAAUUGAACCAUCUACUUUUGGUAUUCAAACGUUGGAGGACAUUUGGGUAGAGCUCAAUAAGAUGAUCAAACACAAUGAACUGCCAUCAUGUAAUGCUACGAUCCAGAGAUGUGAAGGGCAGAUUUCAGUUUUCUGUGACAUACUGUACUGUGAAUAUGUUGCCAACAAGCUUAGAGAAAAAUUAAACCUUUUGGGGAAAAUAAAUUUGUUUGUUCACAAAUAUGGAAUCAUACAUAGUCUGUAGCUUUAUAACAAGGCAUUGCUACUUUCUGUGAAAUGUUAUAUUUUAAAUACACUUUGUUGCCUUACAAUGUUUUUGAAAAAAAUCUGUGGUAGUGCGGGGGGGGGGCAGUAGGGGAGUAAUUAGCUUAUCCUGGGCAUUUUUCAUUUUAUUUAAAUUAGAAGCCCUCCUUGUAGAUUUCUUUGCUCACGUAAAAAUAACUCUAUAGUAAGUCAUGUUCUCUAUAUGUGUACACUUUGAUUAGCGUAUGGAGUCAUAGAAAAUUAGAGGAAAAAGCAGGACAUCUCAAGCAAACUGAUCUCUACAAGACUGGAUUAUGCUUUGUUUUAAGUUCUCAAAAAGUCUGUGAAUACUUAAGAAGAUGUCCCUUGUAAAAUGAAUGCUCCUUGUAAGCCUGAUGCAAUGAAUGAAAUGACCUUCCACAUUUGUUUGGAAUGAUUUGUCUAAAAUUAAUGAACAAUAAAAAGAAAGGCUGCUGGGUUGGAGUAUUAAUUUCUAAACUUUAAUUUUAUGAAGUCCAUCAUGCUGAUAUAUUUGUUUCCCUUUUUGUAUGUUUGGCCUACAUUUUUGCUUCCUAUAGAUUGUAAUCACAUCGGCAGUAGGCAGAAUGUUGUCCUAUUGGCCAUUAUGUUCUGUACAGAGGCAAGACUUCUUUGUGUUCUUAGCAGCCCUUAGAAAAUGUAUGCCAUCUAAACAUGGUCAUUUGUAAGCAAAUUCUAUUGCAAUCACAUACCCUCCAACAUUUCUCCAAUGAAAAUAGGAAUGUCCUGUUCCUGUUCCUCCUCCUCCUCCUCCUCCUCCUCCUCCUCCUUCUUCUUCUUCUUCUUCCUGAGCAUCUGACUGGGUUGCCCCAGCAGCUGUGGGCUGCUUCCAACAUAUAUAAAAACAUAAUAAAACUUUAAACAUUAAAAAGCUUCCCUGUAGAGGGCUAUCUUCAGGGGUUGGAUAAUGAAAAUUGGGACAUACUAAGGAAAAGCAGGACAUUUUGGGAUCAAAUCAGAAAUUGGGACAGCUUCUGUAAAUCCAGUACUGUCCCUGGAAAAUAGGGACAGUUGGAGGGUCUACAAUCGAUAGUUUGCAGGCCCCGGUCCAGCCUUAAUAUCUACAUUUGAAUGAAUGGGGAAAGCUUUGGUUGACUGGACACGCCCGCCCCCCCCCGUCUGCCUUAGGGGGAGUCAACUGGACCAAAACAACUGCUUACAAAUGGUACUCUCAACAUGGUUGGAUAAGGAUGAAGGUGGUUAUGAGUAUUGUGUUUUGUUAAAAUGAUUUUUGUAAUUAUCAUAAAACAUUUUUUAAAAUAUUGGUGAGAUUUUAAAAAAAUGGAUAUGCAUGCUUUUUGUCUUUGCUCAAGUAUCAGUGUGAAUGAACACUUCCUGCAUUUCUAGUUGUUUUCACAUUAAGCCCAAUUUCAUCUCCUUUUCUUGUGCUCAGUACAAACAAACAAAAUACAUAAAACUUGGGCAGAAUUCCAGGGACAAGGUAAUAUCCAAACAGGUCUUAUGGUUCUUAUUUUGAAGUUAAAUAUGUUGAGCUUCUAGUGAAGUCCUGGUGAUGAGGUGUGUGAUUAAUGUGGAAUUUGCUUUCUAAAUUCACAGUAAUGAGGCUGACCAAACCUACUUUGUUCACCAAUAUUCCUGUGACCUGUGAAGAGAGAGACUUGCCAGGUAAAAUUUGUUAUGGUGUUAAAUAAUACUCAAACUCUGGUAGAUCACAUAUAGAGGCACACUGCUGUUAGAUUUGUUGUUAGGCCAGUGUAUACCUGAAAAUACUGUACUUGAAUGUGUGGAGUGUUGCUGAACAACACCAGUGUCAAAUAUCGUAGUUAAGUUAAAGCUCGGGGAUUGUGACCAGUAGUUUGCCUGUGUGUGAACCAGUGCAAUUGCGAUACUUCAUGAAACCUGGGUUCUGUAGGAAACUUUUCUGCUAACAAUGUACAGGUUAUUGCAUGUUUCUCUCCAUUGGCAGAGGCCAGUAGGAACAUACUUAUGCUCCAUCCUAAGUCCCCAGUCAUCAGCAUAGUGGGAGUGUGGGUGUGUUAGUACAGUCCUAGCAAGCUAAAAACUCAGUAAUGUGGAAUGAUUGAUGUUCACCACUAUGCGGAGCACAUGGACAUUUCAGAUCCCUUCUUUUUCAAACCAGAGUACAGAAACUUAAAAUUUAUUUUCCUUUUUUUGGCAUUGCUUCAUUUAUUGUCAUGUAUGCCCACAUGGAAUGCUUUCCCUGCAACACCCCAUAGAACUGAGAGACAUGAAAUGAUAGCCUUUCAAAACAACAACAAAAAUCAGAAGAUCUCACCUAGCAGGUCUUGCAAGAAUUCAUGGGAACUGGAGCCAAUGUUUGCCAAGAAGUUUCUGGGUCGCUUUUCCUUCCAAAGAUAGCAGAUAAAUUACCGUUGAAGGUUUUUAUUGGUUGUUUUUUUUAAAGAAACAAUAAAAUUCACAGAACUACAAAAAGUCUGUUUAAACCGCUAUUUAUACAAAUUACAAAACUGCUUAGAGUUGCUGGUUUAGAACUCUGCCAUUUAGUAUGGCAAAAAGAUUAAAUGUCCUUUCCUUCUAACACAAAUGCCACUUCACAUUUAUUUUCAAUUGUAUGUUCAGAUGAAAAUAUAUUAAAAUAAGUUAAAAGCCAGUGGCUAAUCAAUUAAAAUAUUUAAUUAGUUUAUAUAGAAAUAUCAAGAUAGUUGACCUGACAUAUAAUUUUAUAUUACUGCAGGAGAUCUGUUUAACCAGUUAAUGAAAGAUGAUCCUUCCACAGUAAAAGGAGCAGAAACAUUAAUGCUUGGGGAAAUGUUGACUUUGCCUCAGAAUUUUGGGUAAGAAUUGUAUAUAGAUGUGUAGAUUUGUUGAGAUAAUUGUUUUAUGAUCUCUAGUCCUGUGCAGAACUGUCCUAAUAUUGUAAAUACCAGCGGUUUCAGUUGUACUUGCUUCCAACUUAGAAUGCUCUUAGGCAGGGGUAGGCAAUCUAAGGUCCGUGGGCCAGAUGCAGCCCAAUCGCCUUCUCAAUCUGGCCUCUGGAUGGUCUGGGAAUCAGUGUGUUUUUACAUGAGUAGAAUGUGUGUUUUUAUUUAAAAUGCAUCUCUGGGUUAUUUGUGAGGCAUAGGAAUUUGUUCAUUCCCCCUCCCCAAAUAUAAUCCGGCCCACCACAUGUUCUGAGGGAUGGUGGACCAGCCCACGGCUGAAAUAGCUUGCUGACCCCUGCUCUUAGGACUGUGGCCUAAGCCUAUCUUCCUUGUCCUUCCUAUGGAUAAUGUCUAUUAUUAUUCUUAAUUUCCCCCUGCCACAAACCGUUUCCAAGGGCCUCUUGCGUUACAGGGUUAGGAAGCCAUCUAUUAUGGUUUCUAACUUUGAAUCAGUGGUACCUCUGAGUAAACAGUCAUUGGAUGAAGCAUGAAGAGAUCUUUACUGUUAAACAGAGGUGGUGAGUUAAAAGUAAAGCUAGCAACUACCAGACCAUGGUUUUGAAUAUAAGAACAUUCCUUCUGCUUUUGACUAAACCUAUCUAGUCCACCAUCCUCUUUCCCACAGUGACCGAUCAGAUAGCUAUGGAAAGCCUGCAAGCAGAAUGUAAGGACAAUAAUUCUUUCCCACUCUUGAUUCCCCAGGCAGUGGCGUUGCCUAUGAACCUGGAGGUCUCAUAUAGCCAUCAUGUUAUCCUUAUCUUCCACACAUGAAUCUGCCUAAUUCCCUUUUAAAAUCUGCACAACAUACUCAUAUACACAUCCAUGCUGUGUGCCUUAGCUAGCUCAGACUAGCUUACUUAUUUUAAUUUUGUUUGUUCUUGUCAACACUCUGCUGUGCUUAGGCACUAUAUUAAGUACAGUGGUACCUCGGGUUAAGUACUUAAUUCAUUCCGGAGGUCCGUACUUAACCUGAAACUGUUCUUAACCUGAAGCACCACUUUAGCUAAUGGGGCCUCCUGCUGCCGCCUCGCCGCCAGAGCACAAUUUCUGUUCUCAUCCUGAAGCAAAGUUCUUAACCUGAAGCACUAUUCUGGGUUAGCGGAGUCUGUAACCUGAAGCGUAUGUAACCUGAAGCGUCUGUAACUUGAGGUACCACUGUACUGAAACCAUAAGAUUGUCUUCAGAGGUUUUGAGCCUUGUGCAUGCAAUAUCAUCAAUGCUAGAAGAUGCAAAAAUGGAACACUAUAAGUAUGGCUUUCAUGGUACAAUAACAGAAGUCCAUGCAGUUGUUAAAAGUGGGCAAUAAUAGAUUUUAGAGAUUUAUUCAAAGCAAUGGUUUUAAGAGUUCUCUUUUCUCCUCCCUUCUUGAACAGAAAUAUAUUCUUAGGAGAGACAUUUUCCAGCUACAUCAGUGUACAUAAUGACAGUCACCAAGUGGUAAAAGAUAUUUUGGUAAAGGUAUGUUUGUUCUUAUCAAGUAGUUUUAAGUGUGUUGUUAAGGUAAUUAAUCAGUUAACGUUUUUCUAGUUGAAGGAAACUUUGAACAAAAACAAUGGGGGGGGGUGUCUAAAGGUAACAGGGUAAAUUGUAAAGGCAUAUUCUUUUUGCUUCUUUUUGAGGCAGUGAAAGUAGGUUUGUUCUGCACUUUUCUUACCCGUUCCAAGUAUAUUCCAAUGGAAAGUUCUACUGUACAACCACAAUCGUGCAAGAGAACAUUACAAUUGCAUGUUAAGCUUUCGGGAUGCUUGAGCAUCACAUCUUCCCAGUGGACAGUGCCCAGAUUUUUAAUGAAUGCCUUGGGGAAGACGGAAUGUAAAAUCAGUUAAAGCAAUGAAAAACCAUUUUCAAUAAUACAAUUCAACCUCUCUUUUAUUGAAGAGUUUUUUUGUUCUCAAUUCCAAGGCUGAUCUACAGACAAGUUCGCAGCGUUUAAACCUUUCAGCCUCUAGUGCUGCAGUGGCAGAACUCAAACAAGACUGUUGUAUCGAUGAUGUAAUACACCAUGAAGUAAAGGAAAUAGGAACGCACAUGUAAGACACAUUAUACUCCCCCCCACCCCAUUCAUAGGGUUGUAUCUAACGGUAGCUUGCCAAAGGCAGGACACCUGCUUGUUGCCAAUCCCUCCUUCCCAAUGUGUCUCCCUCACUCCAAAAAAAGCCUUUCGAAAGAUAUGGGGAACUCCUGGAACAGUAUAGGAUAUGGCACAGAGAGCUGCAGUUGAUCCCGUGGGGAAUGGUACCUUGCAUUAGGAGAAAUGCUUCUGGUAGUCUCAAACCAUUUGUAAACUUAAUUUAGUUUUUCCCAUUCUGUAAAAAAUAAAUAAAUUGCCAAAUGUGUUCAGAAUUCUGAAGGAGAUGAAUUGCAAAUUUGCAUCAUUUGCUCCAUUUCCCCAUUCUCCUCCCAACCUGGAAACACAAGCAAGACUGAAAACUAGUUAAACCCCACUGAAUCAUUUGUCUCUUUCAGCUUAGUGUGUGCAGUAAGCUACACCACACAGACAGGUGAGAAGAUGUACUUCAGAAAGUUCUUCAAAUUUCAGGUAUUAAGCUGACAUAGCUGGCAGUGUUGACUGUGAUUGAAGAUAUCUAACCCUUUUCUAUCUCUCUGUCUCUUCUAUGCUGCCCGUGCUUGCAGCUUUCUCCAGAAUUUAUCUGGGGCAAAUUUGGUGGUGGUGGUGGUGCAGUUGUUGUUAAGGUUUCUUUUAAUGUUGGGUUUGUCGGUACAAGUUCGCAUCAGCGUCAAAGUGAUGUCCAAGAGAGGCUAGUACCGUAAUGUGAAUCAGAAGUCCCCCCAGGAGCACCUUCUAGGUCCAUCCCUCUAGAAAUGACCAGAGCUAUCGUAGCACCAUGUCUCCCAGGUUGAACCCCAGAAAGUCAAUAGAAUCAGUAGCCACUGAUUCUAUACUCUCUCAGUCCACUAUACUCUGUCAGUCCAGUCCUUAUCAUAGGUCAUCUACCAAGUUGUCUGUAAGCCAAGUCAGAGACAGAUUGGAAUUAAUCCAGAAUGAAUGAAUGAAUGGAUGAUGGUAGGUAAGUAGGUAGAUAUGGGUAAAGUUGCAGAAACCAGGGAUGCCAAUACCUCACGGAGUUUAGAAGUGGGGAACCUUAUCUGGGUCCUCUCCUGGUAACUUUAAAAAUAACCAAGUGAAGUGUUUUGAUUUGGAAGUUUGGCUUUUAGGGUAGAAACCCCAGAACAGCAUUACAGAAAAUACCUUCUGAGGAGUGAGGUGUCUGUACAUAGAGGAAUCAGGUAUCAUAAGGAUAUGGGGUUCCUGUGCCUUUUAACAGCUACAUAAUGUGCAAAAAAUGAAGACAUGAAGUUUUCCUAGCAUGAACUUGCAGAGAUGAAGGUAGUGGCAUCUGCUGAAUUUCUGCCUUUUCCACAUCUGUCAAAGGUAUAGUUGCCCAAUCAUAAAGUCAUGAAGAUAUGGCAGGUAGCAAACGUAGAGUUAAACAGUAGCUACUCCACAGGUGACCCUUGUUGAAAACAUAGCUAAAUUUCAGCAUGGUUCCGGAGGUGAAGGUGCAGAGUGCUUGCUUCUGAAACUGCAGGUGCUCCUCUCGUCUCUUGCUCUCUUGUUUCCGGGAGGAGCAGGGAAGGAGCAAAGCACCUCUGUUUUUAGUAACAUGCACAAGUAUUUCCAUAUACUUCACUAUGAUUUAAAGGUGAAACUCUUGCAUUAAAGUGGCAUGCAAACCAAUUAUUUAAUAAGAAUAAUUUAAGUCUAUUUGCAGUCUGUCUUGAUUUCAGGGUCAGAAUCGCUGAUAUGCAAAUGAAAAGAUUUUAUUUAUUUGUCACGUAUAUAAAACCUGAUAAUUGAUAUGCUUUGCUCCUUUAAUUAGAAAGCUUAGCCAGCAAUUGAUAGUGUAAUUGCUUGCAGCUGAUUUGCCACUGGCUGACUUCCUUCCAACAGCAGAAGCUGGGAAAAAGCAGCAUUUCUUAAUUAAAGCUUGUGGAAAUUAAAACUGCUAAUUUUGAAAUGCAUCAUUAUAUUAAAGACUAUGAUCGUGACCGAUAUGACACUCUGGUAUAAAAAUAACUUUUGUGGGAGAGGUUUUUUGCCAUGCUACUGUAAAAUCCUUUUACCUGAUCAAAAUGAGGAAGCGUCUGUAGACAUAGGAAAGAAAAAGUGGGAUGUGUAAGCUGGGUUCUUCCACUGAAGUAAACUUUGGGGUUUGCUUAUAUGGAUGCAAGUUAAUAACUUUACUUUUGAAUUACUCAGAAACAGGUAGUACUUAGUGUUGAUGAAGGAGUUUGAUAAAUCUCCCUUUAGUAUUUAUUCUUUUUUCAAACAGGUCCUCAAACCGCUAGAUGUGAAAACAAAGUUCUACAAUGCUGAGGUAAAUGCAGAAUAUUGUAUUUAGUGCUUGGUGUCCAAAAUUCUGAACAGGCUCUUAGUGAAAACUUGUUAUAUUGGGAAUUAAAAUGGUGGUUCUUUUUCAGGAUUAUAGAUCUAGAUCUCCCAUUUGAGAUAUAAUAGGCCCAUUUCAUUAUCUGUUCUGUUAAACCCAGACAAAUAAACAGAACUUUCUCACCUGGCAAAGCAUUUUUAAAUUAUUCCUUUCUACAUAAUAUUAAUCUUUUGUCUUUUAGAAUUGACAGGUGUUGGCAGUUUGACCUUACACACUUUUUAUUAGCUGGAAUAGCCACAAAAUAGAAAAAGACAAAAAUCUGAGGAGAUAAACUUAGGAAAAUAGAGCUGAAAGGAUUGUUUGAAAACUAGGUGAAGGAGUGAAUUUGUUUAACUGUACUUACAGUAUUUUAUUUUUUUUAAAAUAAUAAACCAAGUUGUAUGUUAAAAGCUACUAAGAAACUACAAAAUACCCCAAAGGGCAUGCUAACAGUGGAACAGAGUCCAUCAGAAAGUGGUGGACUCUCCUUCCUUGGAGGUUUUAAAGCAGAGCUUGGACGGCUCUCUGUCAGGGAUGCUUUAGUUGAGGUUCCUGCAUUGCAGGGAGUUGAACUGGGUAACCCUCAGUUUUCUGUCCAACUCUACAGUUCUGUGAUUCUGGCAUAAAAUUUCUGUAUGCCAGCUAUAGAAAAUGGCUGCCUAGCUAUUACAUCUUUGGAAAAAUAUAAUGAUCUUGCCCUCUUUCCUGGCCGAGGGUGAGGAAAACAGGUGAGUACAAAUCUAAACCUUGCUCUCCUCCUCACUUUAAUCUAUCCAUUUGUCAUUGCCAUCACCAUUUGGGGAAAAUGUGGCUGUAUAUUUAGUUAUAAUCCAUUUUAAAAACAUUUGUUUCAUUAUCAACUGGAUAAACUUGUGGUUCAGAUUUAGUCAAAAAGGCAGCUACCUUAUUUAAAAACGGACAUUAUUGAUGUUAAGUAAACUAAUACUAGGUGAUAUGCCAGAGUAGAAUUACUUGUCAGGUCUGUGUGACAGUAAUGCAGCGGGUGCGGAUUUCCCCAUCACUGCAUCUCCAUCCUGAGAUAGGUGCAACUUGAUGAAUUAUAGAAAGACCUUUGGGUCUUAAAGGCACAGUGCCUCUGACAGAGAUGCUCUUCAAGUGCACUUGUGCCCGUGAUGGGAUUGGUAAUUCCCUGAGUUGUUGGCCAAACAAUAUUUAAAGAUACCUAGUAUAAAGGGGGUGGGGGGAUUGAAAAAUGUAAAGGUUGUUAUGGUACCGAAUUAAGCUUUUGAAGAAAGGCAAUUCAUUGGGAGGUGCAUUUAGCACUUGUCCUUUUCCAAUGGUGCUUUCAAUUUUCUUGUAGCUUAUUAAUUACAAUGGGAGCUUUUGUUAUAGGAUGAUGUAUAAAUACAUGCAGUUAAUAUGCAGACUGGCUCAAUUUAAAACCCAAGAGUCAUCAGUAAACAGCUUUCCUUCCCAUAUUUAAGACAUUGUGCAUUAAUAGAGUAUUUGUAAGAUUAACGGGUCCUCAGUUUUCCCCCAUAUGGAAGUAUUCAGCCAAGUAAUGGACUUCUUCUGUGAGCAUGUACUGGUUUACCAUUGUGUUCAUUGUGCACUCCCUGUGUUUGCCAUUUCACAUAAUUUAUUUCUUCAUUAUACCAUAUGCUGACAUGGUCUUAUUUCGAAAUAAGAUUUCUUAGUAGUGAGCCUUUCAUUUUUAUUGCCAGUUUACAUUUCUCUCUUACUAAUGCUGUCUUGUUUAGAAAGUACCAAAAAAAAUGCAGAAAGGUGCAUUUUAUUUGAAACUUAGUUGUCCUCCUUUUUUUCUUUAACAUUUAACCCUAAUUUCUCUAAUGUUUUCUUUUUUAUUUUCCCAUUAGAGUGACCUCAGUUCUGUGGUAAUUUUAUUUAUUAUUUAUAAAUAUGUAUGCUUGUCUUCUGUUUGUCUUUCUGCCUGUUACUAACAUUAUUUGGAAAACAUAAUGGAAAAGCAAUGUUUGUACACAUAGAUAUUGGCUUGUUUCCCCUUUCUCCCCAUACUAGCUCUCUCCUUGCAUCCAUUGUUUAACAGUAUUUUGCAGUUCAGACUUCUGUACUGAAUAAAUAUUUCAGUAAACUACUGUGACUAGGAAAUUAAUUGUUGACCACAGAGCAACAAUGAUAUUCCUAGAGGCGUACUGUUGAGGCUACAAAAGCACAUGGGCUGGGCUAUUUUUGUUGCAGUUUCUGUUGGGAGCACAACAUGUUUCAUUGGGCAAAAAUUCAGUUUUCUGCAAAUCUUAUGAAACAUUUGUUUUAUUUAUUUACAUAAGAACAGCUCUGCUGGACCAGACCAAAGUUCAGCAUUCUGUUCUCACAGUGCCCAGCCAGAUGCCUAUGAAAAGCCCCCAAGUAGGACAUGAACAUGAUAGUACUUUCCCAGCUGUGAACCUCAGCAACUCAUAUUCGGAGGUCUGUUGUCUCUGAUGCUGAAAGUGUGAUUUGUCAUGAGUGACUAGAGUGGGGUGUCAUGGUCUGGAAUAGUUCUGGGCCUGUCUGAUGAUUCACAAAGCCAGAAUGAGUUAUGCAAAAAGAAAAUUAAAGUUGUAUAAGAAAUUGCAUUAAAUUGAAGGUAUUGGGUUGGAGGCCAAUCUAUCCUUCUGCAUGCAGAAAGAUUUUUCAUUCCCAGAAGGGCUUUUACAGUACAGGCUAGAAUGUCAUGUGAACAAGUGAAAUGAAAUUCAGUGGCUAUAAAAUCUCUUACACAAGCCUAGUAUUAGAUUUGUUCAUCACUUCCACAUCUAAGGAAGUCUCAAGUUUACUUAUAGCCAAAGCAAAAUAAAAUACAUAGCAAAUGUAUCCAUUAAGGCAACACUGCAUGCUAACCAUGUACAUCCACCAAUAGUCUAUUGCAAACAAGAAUAUCUUCUCUCCUCCAAUGACGUGUGAAGAGCCUACUAGAUCAAAUGCAAGCUUCCUUGGGGAGAGUGUUGCACAAGCUGGUGGCUGCCAUUGGAAAGACCUGUUAUCUCAUUGCUACCAUCUUAGCAUCUCUUAAAUGGGAGCACACAGAGAAGGACCUUGGGUUAUCUUAAGAGUCCCAAGUAGGUUUAUACGUGGAAAGACCAUUCUUGAGGGUUUGGCCCUCAAAGGCAAUUUUUUAAAAAAUCAUUUAAUUGACUAGUAUAGCACUUCGCAAAAUUCUGCUAGUGCCUAUUUUCCUUCCAAUGUGUUGUGCAAAUUUCCUUACGUAAUUUAUAUAUUUUUCACUAUUUGGAAUAGUGGUCUUUACCUGAUAGUGUUUCUUGUGUUUGGUGGUAUAAAAGUACACAGAGCCUUGCAUGUAGGCUUGUUUCAUAUUAAAUCAUGGCAACAUUUCUGUUAUCUGCUGUUUUUGUGAAGACACUGGAUGGGAGGAGAGAGACAAGAUAUUUCACAUCUUUCUUUAUAUGUUUAUUAAAACUCUCUUCAAAUUUAUGAAUGCAUGUGGCAAUGAUUCUAACGGCGUAAUUGCAGUUCAAAUCUUAAUGUGUGUGCUAUAAUAAUCCAGGAAAUUUGCUGUGAAGCGCUCUGAUCGAAUCAUGCUAUUGAGACUAAUCAUGAGAGUAAGACUAAUCAACCCCUGCGUCAUUGUAAGCUACCUUGCUUUUUCAUUAUGCUGCUUGGUUUUGUUUUCUUCCCUCAACUUGGCUCUUGCUAAAUUUCUGGUGGUUGCUGUUUUAAAAGACACUGAUGGGAAAUUUGGAAAACACAAGAUGUAAGCAAUGGAUUUAUGGGAUAUUCUUUCAGAAGAGUAGAAAAAUAUUAAAUCCCUAGUGCUAGAAGACACGAUAGUACCAGUACUUAAGGUUUUUUAAAAAAAUUAAAAGCAAGAUAACUGAAUUUUAUUUGUCAUUGGUGUUUUGCUUGAAUACAUAAUACUCCCCUCCCUCUAAUCUAAGAAGACCAGAAGCUGCUGCUUCUAUUUUACAACAUGCACUACCUUUUUUAAAAUACAGAUAAUAGGCCAAAAUUAACCAAAAGUACAGAUCUAAUAGUGUUAGGUGACAUCAGCAUAACAUGAUAACCCUAGAAAGACAAUUUCUAGGACAAUACAGAUCAAACCUUUAUUCACCUGUUGCUUUCUGGUCUUCUCAGCCACUGACAGGAAUUUUUCCGCUGCCAAAGAGACUCCAGGAAUUUUGUCUAAUAGGUAAUUUACCUAAAAGUUUGCUGAUCUCCCAGCAAAGAGCCUGAAAGGGAGUAUUCUGUUUUAGAUUAACCACUGUUUAAGAAUCAGACAAUAUUCUAAACUGUGGCUAAUCUUACAGUGGUUUGAAAUGAGCCAGCUUCCCAAAUUGUGGCUUGCUUUCACUAACUAGUUAGAAUCAACGACCAUUGGUCCAGGUUUGCAAAAACAGAAAUGAAAGCUGCUGGAGAGGGAAGGAGUAGUAUGUGAGGCUGAGGCUUUCUCCACCUUGUAAAACUAAGCUAAUGUCUGACCCACCCAUUGUCUUUUGAUGGCCCUCCAAAUAACAUCAAAUGUGAGAGGCUGGAAUUGUUUUACAGUUUGCCACCACCAUUCAAAAUCCAGUUCCAACUCAAUUUUUGAUAAACGGUGGAAAAUAGGCAUGGGGCUAUCCUGUUUUCAGUUACAAAAACCAAGUAUGCCCCUUUUUCUUGAUGGGAUUUUCCAUUUUACACAGAGCCUCCACAUGCCUGUAAUCAGAUGUGUUGUUGGAGCCUUUGAUCGAGUGGCUCCCAUCGUUCCUCCCCUGCAGGCAUCCCUUUGAUUGUCAGCAGGUUUUGAUUGCAGCUUUGAACUGCCAGAAACGUCACACUGCUUUGCAGGACUGAGAUCUUGCAGAGACAUUUAAGCAGAUCACGUUUGUACCAUGUCCCCGGUUAAGGGACAUGCAGUUGAUAAUUGCAUCAAGUUCUUUAAUUAUUGAGAUGGGAAAGACACUAGGUGUCUUAGAACCAGAAAUAAGGUUGUUGGGGUAGUAGAAUAUUAAGCUCUGUGCCAUUAUGAAAGUUUAUAGCAGAGACUAGAACAGUUCUUAGGUCAAUGUGAACAGUUUGUGUAGCAUGCCUCUAAACCCCUGUAACAGUUCAUACACUUAAAAAAACACCUAUUAACAAUAUUUUCUUUGUAUGCAGCCUGGUGCAUCAUUAAUCUGGCAUGGCAUGUGUCUGUUGUGCAUUGCACUCAUUUUACAUUUAUAAAGUGUUAUUUCUUUCCUUUUAAAAGAAAAUCUGAAUUGAAGUGGACCGUUGGAGCUCAGCUUGCAAGUCCCAUUUAGGCCAUAUAGACACUACCUUAGAAUAGGAAAAUACGACAAAGUUUUCCCAAAUCCAUUGUUCAGCACUAUUCCAGUUGACUAACAUUUUUGCUUCUACUGCUCUCUGUUGGGAUAAAGACUUUUCUCGCAUUUAAUGACUGUUACUUUUGAUUUUCAGGCAUGAACUAACUGCGUUUGUGGUUUAAUGUUUUUCAAACACUUGAGAUGCUGGAGCAUUUUGUCAGUUGAGAUUAUUUUUUUAUUUAGGCAUUUUCUCUGCUCUUUUAGACUGAUGAAGUAUUUUUGGAAGCUCAGAUUCAGAAUAUCACAACCUCUCCAAUGUUCAUGGAGAAGGUGUCACUGGAACCUUCUAUUAUGUACAACGUAGCAGAAUUAAAUGCAGUCAACCAAGGUGAGGACAGGUAAGGGCCUUAUUUGCUUCUUCAUACUGUACUGGCUACAGUCACGCGUCAUGGUGCUUGUAUCUUCAUGUAUCAAUAACUGAAGCUAUACGUGCGCUGAUGAAGCUGUUCUUGCAAAUGGACGCUCUUUGCUGUGGUUCCUUGUAUUAUGGGCCCAGAGUACAGUCGUACCUUGGUUCUUGAACGCCUUGUGACUCGAACGACUGUAUAAUUUUGUGUCAUACUGCUUACUGUGGUAUCUUGAUGAUCUUGCUACUUUUGCUUUUAAUUUAAAACAUUGGCAUAUACCUCAAUUCAUUUUCUAUGAACUCUCUUAACUAUCACCACCAUUUGUAUCGAAAGAUUACUGUAGAAUAUAGUCCAGUGUAGCAUAGCAAAUAGGUGGUCUAGCCAGUUUGAGCCCCCCCCCCCAUUUCUAUAUUCCUCCCUUCCAAACUUUCGCAGAAACAUCUUGCUAUCUUGCUUGUCUUUUAUUUUUUUUUCUCUGCUAAGCCUGAUUUCCUUAAAACUUCUGGAAGCAGGCUACUUUCUUUCUUAACUGAAAAGGCAACCCAAAAUUGAAUCUGAUAGCCAAUUCACUGGAUUUUUGUCGAAAAGUCCAAUUUUGAGGUACAAGCUAAGGUAAACCUGCCCCUUCUCUUCCAGUGUGUCAACAUUUGGUUCAAGAACGUAUCUGCAGCCUAUGGAUACUCGACAGUAUCUUUACUGUCUUAAACCAAAGCAAGAGUUUGCAGAGAAAGCUGGCGUUAUUAAAGGUGUGACAGUCAUUGGAAAGCUUGAUAUAGUAUGGAAGACAAACUUGGGCGAAAGGGGAAGGUUGCAAACCAGUCAGCUCCAACGAAUGGUAAGUAUUUUUCAGAAGACUCUCUUUAAAGACAGAAGGGAAAUAGUGAAGAGCCUGUGCAGAUACAGCUUACCUCUGAAUAUCAGGUGCUGGGAGGAAAAUUUAGAAAUUGAAAAAACAAUAUUGGAGUAAAUAGACCUUGAUGUGAUCCAUCGGGAUUCUUCUCAAGUUCUCAUUAAUAUUACAGUUUAUAAGACCAGAAAUAUAUAUACAGCACUUUUGCUGGAACAUAGAACAGAUUCUUUUCAGCGGUCCCCACCCCAAAUACGGAAUUUGAUUCCAAGUGAGAUCAGGUAUAUUUCCUCCCUUGCUUAAACAUGCCUUGUUUACAUCAGUUUUUUUCAUCAGGGUCUUUGGGGCCAAUGCUAAUUAUUUGGGGAAUGACCAUAGCUCAGUGAUAGAGCAUCUGCUUUGCAUGCAGAAGGUCCCAGGCAUCAACAGGCACAGCUGUGAACGUCCCAUCUGAAAUCUGCUUUUGGUCGGUGUUGACAAGACUGCACUAGAUUGACCAGUGUCCUGACUCAUUUCAAGGCAGCUCCCUGUUUCACGCUGCUCUUUGAGAACUAGAUGGCUUACCGUAUUUUGUUGUUACGCUGGCUUGUAUGUUCCUGGGAUGAGACUGCCAUAACUUGUUUUACUACUGAAUGUUGUGGAUUAAUAUUUGUCUGUGGUUGUAAACUGCUUUGCCAAGCAACUUUGCCUAAAAAGUGGUCUAAAACCUGUUUAAUUAAAUAUCAACAUAUAGUUAAAUACAACACUACUUGAAAGCAGUGGCUUGUGCACUCAUAAGGAGAAAAGGCUGUAGAGGUUUUACUCAAGAGUAGACCUAUUGAAAUUAAUGCACCUAAAUCAUGUUCUUUAAUCUCAGUGGGUAAAACUUACUUAAAUGCAGAAUUGUAUCUUAAAAUUUACUUAUAUCCAGAAUUGUACUGUAAAUCUCAGUUUUUAUGUUUUCUUUCUGAAGAUGUUUGAGGUUGCUCCUGUUCAUAAAAACCCAUAUGAGGACUCCCAAGUACAUCAGCAUAAACAUGAAAAUUGUAAUGUUACAUAUACUUCUCCAGAAUGUCAUCCUACGAUUCACUUGUAGUGCCUUUCAGAUGUUGCUGUGAAUUGUAACUUCCAUCAGUCCUAGCCACAAUAGCCCAUAGCUGAGGAUGGUAGAAAGUGGAAUCCAUCGGAAGGGAUGGCCAUUUCUACUCUAGUACUACUGCUUGUCUCGUAUCCCCACCCCUCCCUCCCUCCCUCUCUCUCUCUCUCUCUCUCUCUUUCGGUGUGGGUGUACCUUGCUAAACUUUUAAUGCUUUCUUAGGCUCCAGGUUAUGGUGAUGUCAGGGUUUCGUUGGAGACAAUUCCGGACACUGUAAACCUGGAAGAACCGUUUGAUAUUACAUGUAAAAUAACAAACUGCAGGUAAUGAAAUUACUUCCCCUCCUGCCAUCUCUAUUUUUUAAGAAUUGUAGUUUGAACUGCUUACCGUUUCCAGUCAAAGGGGUAGGUUUUGUAGAGAUAAUUCACCCAAUGUUUUAGAUGUAUUAAAAUACUGUUUGCAUUCAAGGUUUUCCUUACUGCAGGAAUAUAUAAUUAUUUUUAAGGUGAUGGAAAUGGUUUGUUUUUUAAAUGAACAUUCCUAGAUAUAUAUAAUUUUGCCCCUCACUUGCUGAGAUACAGUGGACAAAGUAGAUUUUAGAAUUCCAAAAAUAUUUGUGGUUUUUAUUGAUGGAGAGGAGAGAGAGGCAGUGACCUAGUUGGUCCAAUGUGCUGAAAAAGAUGUGUGCAUUUGUAUUACAUAAGGACUUCAUUUUUAAACCAUUUUAAUAAUCAGAAUUUAAAAGAAAUACAUGUUUUAAUUAUCAUGCUGGCUCCUGUUGGGCAAUUACUAAGCCACAGGUUUGUUGGAAGCAUUAAAUGAUUUAACCACCGUAUGCAUCACCCUGAAACCUUUUCUUUCUAACCAUAGAAAGAAGGCAGCAAAGAAAAAGAAAAACACAUGAACUGGUGUGAACUGGCCCUUAGACAAAUUGAGAUCUAUGUUAAUUUAUUAUUCUUUUCCAUCCAGCAGUGAAAGAACCAUGGAUCUGGUUUUGGAAAUGUGCAACACUAAUUCCAUUCACUGGUGUGGGGUGUCAGGAAGGCAGCUGGGCAAACUGCACCCAACUUCAUCCCUACACUUGACACUUACACUGCUUUCAUCUGUGCAGGGACUACAGGUAAGAUCUCCCGCUUGGGCAUUGCAAUCCUAUGUGGGGUUGGAGGGAGUAGCUGUUGGGCUUGUGUCUGUAGGGCAAAAGGCUGGGGGGUGUUUUCCUUUCCUCUGUCCCUUGUCCUUUCAAGGGCAGACCCCCUUCUCCACCCAUGGAGAGAAACUGAAAAAUCCAAUUGCCCUGGAAUUUCUUUCCAAGAAUGGCGGCAUGGGGUCCUUAUAACCCAUAUAAGGUGAUACUGUUGAGUUAUAGGGCUCUUACGACCAGUUCAGAAGCCUGUUACGUUUCACAUUGUCAAUCCUUUUUUCUCCCCCUUUCAUUUUAGACUGUCUCUGGCUUGAGAUUAACAGACACCUUUCUGAAGAGAACGUACGAGUAUGAUGAUAUUGCACAAGUCUGUGUAGUUUCUUCCAAAAUAAAAGAAAACUGAAAGUGAACCCUUUUUGUUUUAAUAUUUCCUAUUUUGGUUUUUGGACCCAACCCUCUGGCAAUAUCUGCAAUCCAAAAAAGAAUUUCUUUAUUUAACUGCCCCUUUGGAAUUCAAUCUGGCAUCCUUGGAAUGUUUUUAAAAAACAGUUUAUUUGUGAAGAGCCAACCAUAUGUAUUUUAAACUAUUUGGAAAUAAAGCCCUUAGUCCAAUUAUGCAGCUG